AAGGACAACAGUCAGCAGGAAGUGAGGUGUAGCCCGUCCAGCCCAGUGGGACGGGUUCAGACCGUUCACCGCAGGAUCCCUGCAGGUCAGAGAUCGCUAUCCCCCCACCCCAUUGCCCGGAUACACGGUGGGCACUUUUAACCCAGUUGACCUCAGAGGCAAAUAAGGAGCAGGAAUCCAGAUAGAGAUUUGGGGGCUUAAGAGGGGCCAAACGUAUAAAAGGCGUUUGAAGGCCCUGGGCCUGCACUCAGUGUUCAGAAGAUUGAGCGGGGAUCUUGUUGAAAUCCAUCAAUUGUUGAAAGUCUUAGAUAGUGGAUGUGGAGAGGAUGUUUCCUAUAGUGCGGAGUCUAGGACCAGACGACACAGAUAGAGUGGAUGUGGAGAGUAUGUUUCCCAUAGUGGGGGAGUCUAUGACCAGAGGACACAGCCUCAGAAUAGAUGGAUGUCCACUUAGAGCAGAGAUGAGGAGAAAUUUCUUUAGCAGAGGGUGGUGAAUCUGUGGAAUUCAUUGCCACAGAUGCCAGGUCAUUGGGUUUAUUUAAAAUGGAGGGUGAUGGGUUUGCUUAGUCAGGACUCUAAAGGCUUUGGGGAGAGAGCAGGUGGAAGAAUGGAGUUGAGAAGAAUAGUAAAUCAGCCAUAAGGAAAUGGUGGAGCAGGCCAGGCCAUUCAGCCCAUGGUCUGCUCCACCUUUCCAUCGUGGCUGAUUUGUGUCUUGUAGUCUUAUGGCAGGACGGAGAGCGUGAGAUGAGCCAUUUACAGACAGAGGGGGCAGGAGGGACCGGGUGCAGACAGAAGGGUGGGAAAAGGGUAGCAUGGCCCAGACGGAGGCAGCAGAAUCGAGGCAAAAGCCUGGGGUGAAUGGGAGGGGCCAGGUGGAUUGCGGGCGCUGGUAGGUUGUGGGCAAGGGAUGAGUCAGGUACAGAUGGACGAGGCAGAUGAGGCAGACACAGACUGAUGGGGCAGGAGAGAUCAAAUAGGGAGGAGCCAGGCCAGGGAGGGUGUCCGGACUAAGGGGUACAAGGGCAAUGUAGAACAAGCGCAGGGGCUGAGGCCUGGGGCAGAUCACCAAAACCACGUUGAACAGUGGGCCAGGCUUGAUGGGCUGAAUGGCCAGCUCCUGCUUGUACUUUCUCGUAUUUCUUCGUUCAUCCAAUCGUUGGAGGAAGCAGAUCACCUGAGCACACUGGCUUGAGAAGGCGGGGGUAUCGGGGGCGUGGCGGGUGACGGGGACGUGGCGGGUGACGGGGACGUGGCGGGUGACGGGGACGUGGCGGGUGACGGGGACGUGGCGGGUGACGGGGACGAGGCGGGUGACGGGGACGAGGCGGGUGUCGGGGACGAGGCGGGUGACGGGGACGAGGCGGGUGACGGGGACGAGUCGGGUGUCGUGGACGAGUCGGGGGUAUCGGGGGCGUGGCGGGUGUCGGGGACGAGGCGAGUGUCGGGGGCGUGUCGGGUUUCGGGGGCAUGGUGGGUGUCGGGGACGAGUCGGGGGUAUCAGGGGCGUGGCGGGUGUUGGGACGAGGUGGGUAUCGGGGGCGUGGCGAGCGAGGGACGAGGUGGGUGACGGGGACGUGGCGGGUGACGGGGACGUGGUGGGUGUCGGGGACGUGGCGGGUGACGGGGACGUGCCGGGUGUCGGGGACGUGGCGGGUGUCGGGGACGAGGUGGGUGUCGGGGACGAGGCGGGUGUCGGGACGAGGCGGGUGUUGGGACGAGGCGGGGGUAUCGGGGGCGUGGCGGGUGUCAGGACGAGGUGGGUGUCGGGGACGAGGCGGGUGUCGGGGACGAGGUGGGUGUCGGGACGAGGCGGGUGUUGGGACGUCGGGGGUAUCGGGGGCGUGGCGGGUGUCAGGACGAGGUGGAUGUUGGGGGGGGUCAGGGACGUGGCGGGUGUCGGGGACGAGGUGGGUGUCGUGAUGUGGCGGGUGUCGGGGACGAGGGGGGUGUCGGGGACGAGGGGGGUGUCGGGGAUGUGGCGGGUGUCCGGACGAGGCGGGUGUCCGGACGAGGCGGGUGACAGGGGGGGUCAGGGAUGAGGUGGGUGUUGGGGGACGAGGCAGGUGACGGGGGGGUCAGGGAUGAGGUGGGUAUCAGGGGACGAGGCGGGUGACGGGGACGUGGCGGGUGGCGGGUGCCGGGGGUGUCGGGACGAGGCGGGUGUCGGGGACGAGGCGGGUGACAGGGACGUGGCGGGUGUCAGGACGAGGCGGGUGACGGGGGUUGUCGGGGACGAGGCGGGUGUCGGGACGAGGUGGGUGACGGGGGUUGUCGGGACGAGGUGGGUGUCGGGGGCGUGGCGAGCGAGGGACGAGGUGGGUGUCGGGGACGUGGCGGGUGACGGGGACGUGCCGGGUGUCGGGGACGUGGCGGGUGUCGGGGACGAGGCGGGUGUCGGGACGAGGCGGGUGUUGGGACGAGUCGGGGGUAUCGGGGGCGUGGCGGGUGUCGGGGACGAGGCGAGUGUCGGGGGCGUGUCGGGUUUCGGGGGCAUGGUGGGUGUCGGGGACGAGUCGGGGGUAUCAGGGGCGUGGCGGGUGUUGGGACGAGGUGGGUAUCGGGGGCGUGGCGAGCGAGGGACGAGGUGGGUGACGGGGACGUGGCGGGUGACGGGGACGUGGUGGGUGUCGGGGACGUGGCGGGUGUCGGGGACGAGGUGGGUGUCGGGGACGAGGUGGGUGUCGGGACGAGGCGGGUGUUGGGACGAGGCGGGGGUAUCGGGGGCGUGGCGGGUGUCAGGACGAGGUGGGUGUCGGGGACGAGGUGGGUGUCGGGACGAGGCGGGUGUUGGGACGUCGGGGGUAUCGGGGGCGUGGCGGGUGUCAGGACGAGGUGGAUGUUGGGGGGGUCAGGGACGUGGCGGGUGUCGGGGACGAGGUGGCUGUCGUGAUGUGGCGGGUGUCGGGGACGAGGGGGGUGUUGGGGACGAGGGGGGUGUCGGGGACGAGGCGGGUGUCCGGACGAGGCGGGUGUCCGGACGAGGCGGGUGACAGGGGGGGUCAGGGAUGAGGUGGGUGUUGGGGGACGAGGCGGGUGACGGGGGGGUCAGGGAUGAGGUGGGUAUCAGGGGACGAGGCGGGUGACGGGGACGUGGCGGGUGGCAGGUGCCGGGGGGGUCAGGGACGAGGUGGGUGACAGGGGUGUCGGGACGAGGUGGGUGUCGGGAACGAGGCGGGUGACAGGGACGUGGCGGGUGUCGGGACGAGGCGGGUGACGAGGGUUGUCGGGGACGAGGUGGGUGAUGGGGGGGUCCGGGACAAGGCGGGUGACGGGGGGUUGUCGGGAGACGGGGGGGUGUCGGCUGACAGGGGUUGUCGGGACGAGGUGGGUGACGGGGGUUGUUGAGACGAGGUGGGUGACGGGGGUGUCAGGGACGAGGCGGGUGUCGGGACGAGGCGGGUGUCGGGACGAGGCGGGUGUCGGGACGAGGUGGGUGAUGGGGGUUGUCGGGACGAGGUGGGUGUCGGGGGCGUGGCGAGCGAGGGACGAGGUGGGUGUCGGGGACGUGGCGGGUGACGGGGACGUGCCGGGUGUCGGGGACGUGGCGGGUGUCGGGGACGAGGUGGGUGUCGGGGACGAGGCGGGUGUCGGGACGAGGCGGGUGUUGGGACGAGGCGGGUGUUGGGACG